AUGGGUGCUAAUAAUGCAGCAAUGAAUUUGGACAGCCGGGACAAUAAUGUAGAAGUGUGUCAAGAGAGAUGGACAAAGGGAACGGGAAGUUUUAUUUCGGAUGAUCCUGAUUUGGUCGAGAGUGCCUUGAAUUUAAGACAAAUGACAGCAGCUUUGUCUGGUGGUAUUUUUCCGAAACUGUCGGUUCAAAACAUGCUAAGAAUUCGAGAAAUAGGUAAACGAGAAAGGCCGAGAAAUCGCCACAUACUUGCUGAACAAAAUGCAUCAGUUUCUUCCCUAAACGGUGCUUUCAGCCUUGGUGAAAAAGCUUCUAUAAUCAAUAAAUAUCUUCCAAACCAAAGAACUGUGAUCGAAACAGUAAAUACAAAAACAUUCUGCUGUUUGUAUUUACCGCACAAUAGGAUUGUUACUGCAAGUCAAGAUGAUAAGUUACGUUUUUAUGCACGGAAAGAUCGUGUGCAAUCUAAAUAUACAUUGCUGCAUCCGUCAAUUCAGUAUUCGGUUCCUGACGUCGGCUGGAGUAUUCUUGAUAUAACUACUAAUUCUCUUGGUAGUCAAAUUGCUUACUCAACGUGGAGCGAUUCCG